AUCAGAAUGAACAGAGGAAUAUAGAGAAUUUCGAAAAUGGCGAACCCUAGAAGAGUAGUGAUCGAUAACCAGAGAUUGUCACCUUUAAUCAAUCUACUGAAGAAGCCUCAAGCGUUUCCUAUUCUCCUCUCGUUCUUCCUCUUCCUCACAUGGAUCUCCCUCAGAUUACAGCACUCUUCUCACGUCUCUUCUUCCUCUUCACAUCCAAAAUCGACGCUAAAUAGUCACCCCGAUUUGAAAGUCUUCGACGACGACGAUAAGGUUAAUCUAGUCCGGUUCGGUUUGGCGUCGCUUUCUCCUGCUCGGAAAGACGAGCGUGGAUGGUUGCUUGAUCCCGUUAUACUUGCUCGUGAUUCUCAGCUCAAAGGUGGAGCCGCCUCGUGUGUUUCCAUUCAUGUUGGUGAAAUACGGCCUGGUGGAUUGAGGGGAAAUCAUAGACACCAUACCUGUAAUGAGACGUUUGUCAUAUGGGGAGCCAAGACAAGAUUCAGGCUGGAAAACCACGAAGUCGAUAAAGGUUACGCCGAAGUGUUAAUUGGAGAGGAUGAAGUAGCUGUAGCAGUUAGUCCGAGUGGCACGGCUCAUGCUCUAGUAAAUGUUGAUCCUGUGCGUUCUACUUUCUUCAUAGGAUGCCAAGACUAUAUACAGAACAACAGCUCAACUAGCGACUACAAAGUAUGGAACGAUCUAUAAACCAAAGUGGGUUAGUUUAGUGUCUCUCAUUCGUUCAGAUUUUCAUUGGCUUUUCUUUCUUUUCGAGCUCUUAUUUGUAUAGAAUAGGCUUUGUUAUUACUUGUCAGUUAUAUUGUUACUGAGAUUAUAAAACUGAAACUUCCAA